AUGAGCAAGCGCGCCAAAAUCAAAGCGCUACUCUCAACAGCCCUCGCAGUCGUCCAAUUCGCAUUCGGCCUUGCCGUCAUCGGCCUGUAUAGUCAGGACAUUAACACCGCGCGGGAUAAUGGAGAUUCUGCUCCAAGCCGGUGGGUGUAUGCUGUCGUGACGGCAUUCCUUUCGACAGUGACAGCGUUCCUGUACCUGGUUCUUGGCUGGUGGUGGAAGAAGCGCUCGAAGCCGAGUUUCAGCCAGCGGGCUGGGCUGUUUUUGCCACUGUUCGCGUGGGAGAGUGUCCUUGUUAUUCUGUGGCUCGUUGUCUUUGGGAUUUUUGGCGAAAUGUAUAUUGGCGUUUACCAUGUUGGGGGGAAGGAUGGUGGAGAGAGCAAGGUUACGCGCAUGAGGAGGGCGGUCUGGGUGGAUCUUGCUUGUCUAGUUCUUUGGGUGCUCUCGGGGGCUUGGAGGGGGGUAAGGUGGUGGAAGGCUAAGGGGAUGGGACAGGGAGUAGGGUUCUUCAGAAGGCGCGCAGAUGUUGAGAGUGGGGAGAAGGAGAUGGCUUAA